GGGCUGCUCCCAGCCACAACAGAGGCCUGGACAGAAAGGAAAUGCAAUUUGGCAGGGUCUUCCUGGACGCCACCCAACCUCAGGGUCUGUGGGAGCUGCAUGAGGUGCUGGCAAAGGCUGCUGACUGCAGAGCUCUGGGUGUGCCCUGCUCCUGUGUGCCAUGAGCAUGUGUGCCGUGCGUGUUGUGUGCCAUGUGCAUAUGCCACACUCCUGUGCCGUGUUGUGCAUACCAUGUGUACAUGCCCUGCUCCUGUGUGCUGUGCCUGUUGUGUGCCAUGCUCGUGUGUGUGCAUGUGUUUGUGCUGUAUGUGUGUGCUGUGGUCAUGCGUGUACCUCACGGGUCCUCCCUCACAGCACUGUGGGGAAGAGGCACCAGCUGGGGUGCACCUCUUGGUAAAUGUCCGCAAGGUCUGCCAGGCCCCAGCUGAAGUCAAGUGCCCCUCAGCUCUCCUCAGCGGAGGGUCUGCACCUGGAGCCUGGUGUGUCCCCAAGGGCACCCCCAAAGUGAGGCAGAGGAGGAGCCCCCCCUGCACAGAGGAGCAGGAGGUCCAGCCUUGAGCUCCAUCCCCAGCAGGAGCCACCUGUGUGCCUGCCAGGCAGGAGUGGUCAGCAGCAUGAGGACAGCUGGCCAUGCAACUCCUACAGCUUCCAGGCAUCAGACGCCAGCAGGGCAGAGACCCUCAAGGAACACUGCUCCAAAGCAGGCUGUGAGGUCACUGCCGCCACUGCAGAACCCUCCCCACCCAGCUGCAGGGUGGAGGCCUGACUAGCCGGCUGCCCUCCACUCCUGACAGCACAGCCUUGAGUUGGAAGCCUGACGCUCCCAGGGCUGGGUAGGAGGUGUUUCUGUGCCUGUGAAAAGCCUAGAGCUGGGUGUCUCUGCACCCCUCCCACAGCAGCUGAGACCCCGGAGCCCUCCAGGCCCCCCACUCCUGCUCCUCACCACAGCCUGCCGGGCAGCUCAAGAAAUGGAGGGUGCCGAGGGGCUCGGGCACAGGCAGGGAACAAGUCCAAGGCCAGUGGCUGAGCACAGCCCGCCUGCAGAUCAGUGUUGGCUGCAGAGCCUGGCAGUGGCCUCAGGAAGUCUGAGGUGCACAAACCUUCAGGCCUGGAAAUCAAGGACUGCCACCAGGGCCCCAGGACGUGGUAGGUUCUCCUGGAAUGGCCUGCUCUGGGCGCUGGCCAUGAAGAUGGCCGUGGAGGAGAUCAACAACCAGUCAGACCUGCUGCCAGGGCUGCGCCUGGGCUACGACCUCUUUGACACGUGCUCGGAGUCCGUGGUCACCAUGAAACCCAGCCUCAUGUUCCUGGCCAAGGUGAACAGCCACGACAUCGCCGCCUAUUGCAACUACACGCAGUACCAGCCCCGAGUGCUGGCCGUCAUCGGGCCCCACUCGUCAGAGCUCGCCCUGGUCACGGGGAAAUUCUUUGGCUUCUUCCUCAUGCCCCAGGUCAGCUAUGGGGCUAGCAUGGACCUGCUGAGCACCCGGGAGACCUUCCCCUCCUUCUUCCGCACGGUGCCCAGUGACCGUGUGCAGCUGAUGGCCACCGUGGAGCUGCUGCAGCAGCUUGGCUGGAACUGGGUGGCCGCCCUGGGCAGCGACGACGAAUACGGCCGGCAGGGCCUCAGCAUCUUCUCAGGCCUGGCUGCGGCACGCGGCAUCUGCAUUGCACACGAGGGCCUGGUGCCGCUGCCCCGUGCCGACGGCCUGUGGGUGGGCAAGGUGCAGGAGCUGCUGCCCCAGGUGAACCAGAGCAGCAUACAGGUGGUGCUGCUGUUUGCCUCCGCGCAUGCUGCCCACGCCUUCUUCAGGCACAGCAUCAACCGCAGGCUCUUGCCCAAGGUGUGGGUGGCCAGCGAGGCCUGGCUAACCUCUGACCUGGUCAUGGGGCUGCCCGGCAUGGCCGAGGUGGGCACAGUGCUUGGCUUCCUGCAGAGGGGUGCCCAGCUGCCCAAGUUCCCCCAGUACGUGAAGACGCACCUGGCCCUGGCCGCUGACCCGGCUUUCUGCGCCUCGCUGAGCGAGAGGGAACAGGGCCUGGAGGAGCACGUGGUGGGCCCACGCUGCCCGCAGUGUGACGAUGUCACACUGCAGAACAUGUCCACCAGGCUGCAGCACCACCAGACGUUCUCUGUCUACGCAGCUGUGUACAGUGUGGCCCAGGCCCUGCACAACACCCUGCGCUGCAACGCCUCGGGCUGCCCCAAGCAGGACCCUGUGAAGCCCUGGCAGCUCCUGCAGAACAUGUACAACAUGACCUUCCACGCGGCUGGGCUGGCGCUGCGUUUUGACAGCAGCGGGAACGUGGACGUGGAGUAUGACCUGAAGCUGUGGGUGUGGCGGGGCCCAGUGCCUGAGCUGCAUGACGUGGGCGUCUUCAACGGCAGCCUCUGGCCGGAGCGCCUCAAGAUGCGCUGGCACACACCCGACAACCAGGAGCCCGUGUCCCAGUGCUCGCGGCAGUGCCAGGAGGGCCAGGUGCGCCGGGUCAAGGGCUUCCACUCCUGCUGCUACGACUGUGUAGACUGUGAGGCAGGCAGCUACCGACGCAACCCAGACGACCCCACCUGCACCCCUUGCCGCCACGACCAGUGGUCCCCGGAGCGGAGCACACGCUGCUUCCGCCGCAGGCCUCGGUUCCUGACAUGGAGCGAGCCGGCUGUGCUGCUGCUGCUCCUGCUGCUGGGCCUGGCACUGGGGCUUGUGCUGGCUGCCCUGGGGCUGUUCAUUCACCAUCGGGACAGCCCACUAGUUCAGGCCUCAGGGGGGGGCCUGGCCUGCUUCGGCCUGGUCUGUCUGGGCCUGGUAUGCCUUAGCGUCCUCCUGUUCCCUGGGCAGCCCAGCCCUGCCCGCUGCCUGGCCCAGCAGCCCUUAUCCCAUCUCCCACUUACAGGCUGCCUGAGCACGCUCUUCCUGCAGGCAGCCGAGACCUUUGUGGAAUCGGAGCUACCUCAGAGCUGGGCAGACCGGGUGCGGGGCUGCCUGCGGGGUUCCCGGGCCUGGCUGGCAGUGUUGCUGGCCAUGCUGGUGGAGGCCGCACUGUGUGCCUGGUACCUGCUGGCCUUUCCACCGGAGGUGGUGACAGACUGGCGCGUGCUGCCCACAGAGGCACUGGUACACUGUUGCACACGAUCCUGGGUCAGCUUCGGCCUGGUGCAUGCCACCAAUGCCAUACUGGCCUUCCUCUCUUUCCUGGGCACCUUCCUGGUGCAGAGCCAGCCUGGCCGCUACAACCGCGCCCGUGGCCUCACCUUUGCCAUGCUGGCCUAUUUCAUCACCUGGGUCUCCUUCGUGCCCCUCCUGGCCAACGUGCAGGUGGCCCUCAGGCCCGCCAUGCAGAUGGGCGCCUUCCUGCUUUGCACCCUGGGCAUCCUGGCCGCCUUCCACCUGCCGAGAUGUUACCUGCUCCUGUGGCAGCCGGGGCUCAACACCCCCGAGUUCUUCCUGGGAGGGGCCCGGAUGCCCAACGCUGGAAUGGCGGUGGGGACAGAGGAAGCUCAGGGAAAAAUUGAGUGACCCUGACCCCUGUGACCUCAGCCCCGGUGAACCCAGAACUAGUUGAGAUGUCUCCUAAGCCAGCAAUGACCAGUGUCCCCUACAGACUCUCCAGCUCUAGAUUCUGACCCUGGGUUGUUGCCUGACCCUGACCCCACAGUGAUCCCUGAGCCUGUAGCAUGUGGACACCCCUAUGACCAUCUGGGCCCCAGAGCUGAGUUCUGUCGCUGUCCCUCUCCACCCAGACUAGGACUGCCCAGGUGACCCAGCCCCACCAUUCCAGGACACCUGGAGGGCUUCCAGCAUCCCCAAAACCCACCCUGUGAGCUCAGGAAAAAGAUGCAGGAAGGUCCCUAGCCAGAUGGCUGGAAGCCCAUGCCCCUUGGGGGGGGCCCACCCACCCAGCAUCGGACCCAGGCACCAGAGUAGUUGGAGGCUGGGUGUGGGGACACAGGCAUUCGCACAGCACAGACCCCCCUCCUCAGGUGGGAGUGGCACCUGGCUUCUUUCUCUGCCCCUGGCCCAGUGGGUAGUGUCAUGACUCACCAGAACAAAGGACAGAGCCCAAGUGGGGUUGGUGCAGGGACCUGGAGCCAAGAACCAGCACCAUGGACAGAAAACUGCACACCAGAGUCCAAGGUCAGCAACCCCCCAGGCCCACACAGGGUCCCAGGGGCAGCUCCCAGCAGGGCCCCGUGGAGGCCUGACCAGUCCCCUACGCCUCAUUCCAAGUCAGCCCAGCCAGACAGAAGGGGCACAGGCUACAUGUCCGUCCCAUAAAAUUAAAUGCUUUUUAGUGUUUAAAAUAAACAGCAUUUACACAGAA